AUGUCUCAGCCUUCUGUCAAUAGCAUCGGCGCAUCGAAGGACGAGGGCAACCCGUCGGCAGCUGACGUCUCUCCCGAUAAUCGCACUGCCCAUGGUGCCAAGAUCAGUCGUGACUUUCUCAAGCGCAUGCCUACGCCUCGCCGGAUUGAGCGAUUCCGCGCCGAGCUCUUGCAGCAGAACGAAGCGCUUGCCUCACGCCUCGAACUCGAAAGUGCCGAGAUUGAGGCUGACGAGAAACGCCUGCGCAAGCGCAAGCACCGUUUCGAGACGGAAAGCAUCAGGAAGAAACAGUGCGAGGAGAAGUUGAAGAGCUUAGAUGAAGGUCUGGAGGGGAUCAUCAAAUAUAAAAAAGCGAGCAGCAUCUUUCGAGCCAAGGAAACUGGUAGGGAGGAGAAUUUCGAAGAUGAUGAACAGGUUGAAGAGAACGAUGAUGGAGAGACUGAUUUUCCUCCGCUUGAAUCUGAGGAGGAACGUUCGCCCUCGUCCAGCGUCCAGCAAAGAUGCCUGAAGUAA